AUGAGCCAUGCAAGCAACUCGACGGCGUCGGCUACCGCGGCUGGAUACCGGCACUGGAACUCGGCCCUGUUUGGCGGCGUGGCAAUAGUUCUAGGACUGGUUGUCAUGGCAUUAGUUAUUAUAGCUUGUUCAUGCAAAAAGUCUCCACCCAACUCCAACUACAAUGGUGAAGCAGCUGCGGAGAGGAUAGAAACGGAAAUGGAGACGAAGAUUGUUGUGAUCAUGGCCGGACAAGCCCUCCCUGUUGAUGGAUUACCUGAAAUAAAGGAUUCUUCACUUGUGGUUUGUUUUGGGGAAAUGCUGAUAGAUUUUGUCCCAACUAUCAGUGGGCUUUCAUUGGCAGAUGCCCCUGCGUUUAAGGAGGCUCCUGGAGGUGCACCUGCUAAUGUCGCUGUUGGCAUAGCUCGUCUCAGUGGCUCAUCAGUUUUUAUUGGGAAGGUUGGUGAGGAUGAAUUUGGAUACAUGCUUGCUAACAUAUUAAAGGAAAAUAAUGUCAACAGUGAAGGGAUGCGUUUUGAUCCUGGUGCACGAACUGCUUUAGCAAUUGUAACACUGAGGAGUGACGGGGAACGUGAGUUCAUGUUUUAUCGUAAUCCUAGUGCUGAUAUGUUGCUCCAAGAAAACGAACUUGAUUUUGAUUUGAUAACAAAGUCAACAAAUUUUCAUCAUGGUUCUGUAAGUCUUAUUACCGAACCAUGCAAGUCAGCUCACGUUGCUGCAGCAAAAGCUGCAAAGGAUAUCUCUAGAUAUGUUUCUAUGACAUUUUUUCCCUUUCUGCAUGCGAGUUAUUUGGAUGGAUGGACUCUUCAGAGCUGUGAUGACUGGAAUUGCCCCUUUCGAUGCUUACUCCGUACAUGCUUGGAUAUCUUUAGUCUGAUGUUGCAGAGUCUUGGAAGUUUGAGCACCUUGAAAAUGAGUUUGAUGAUCAAGCACUCUUCAUCUGAUAGAAUUCAGUGGGAUAGUCAAGGGCUUGGCGGUAGAAGGGUAGACAUCACUGGUGCCGGGGAUGCUUUUGUAGCCGGAACAUUAUCACAACUAGCUUCGGAUCUUUCCUUGCUUCAGGAUGAGGAUCGAUUGAGGGAUGCUCUGUUGUUUUCUAACGCUUGUGGUGCAUUGACCGUUGCGGAAAGAGGUGCAAUUCCUGCCUUGCCAACAAGAGAAGCUGUUCGUGAUGCUAUUGUAAAAAAUGUAGCCAAGUUUUCUUCUGUAAUUAGGUGACUUCCAAUUUCAAGUUCCGUGCCUACAUCUUUAUCAACGACCAGGACUCAAUCGG